GAACCACACCAUACCUUCUCGCAGCAUGAGCACAUCACUACAACUACCCCUCUUCCAGCUCCUACUACACGCUACUCCGUGAAAACGAAUCUAUGCCGAAGCACGGCAUCGAAAUCGGCUCCCCUAGCAACAUUGUAAACUCGACCAACAUGUCCGCAAACACGACCUCCGCCGCGGAUGCGCUCGGCCAGAAGAAAGGCACCAAUGCCAUUCCGCAGCAGGUCCGCCUCCUCCCUCUUCCUCCUUAUCCGGCCCAUCCCUUCCUCUGUACUAAUACACCUCAGAACCCGUCCAUAAUCUCCUCCGCCGGCGCCAUCGGCAAGCAAUUCAACCCGGACGGCGCCAUCGGCCAGAUUGGGCAGAAGAUUGGCGGGCCGCUGAGCAAAGAGGGCGUCAUUGGGAGCCAGUUCGAUGCGAGCAAGGACGGGAGGACGGGAUCGCGGGACACGUGGAGAGGGCGGUGGAUGGGCCGAGGAAUCCGGCGGGGAGUUCGGUUCAAUAAAUCUGUGGUGGGGUGCAGGAGUGCAAGAUAGAUUUCUAUUGAAAUGAGUGUUCUGGUACAUCACACGAAUUCAUUAGGGGGCAUCCCGUGCAGUAGGGGAAAUGUAAACGUAAGGCCUGACAACGCAACGGGGUGUUUUCAUCGAUUCUAC